AUGGUACUGUUAGAUAGAAUCAAUUCAGCAUUUGUCAGAAACAAUAUCAAUGUCCUGAAAGCCUUGAUGAGACUGAUACCAUUCUUAGCGUUUGGUGAAGAAGACAAGAUGACAGCCUUACUCAAUCAUUUUAAACCAUAUAUGAGUUUUAAUAGAUUUGAUGCUGAACAUACUCAAGAUGAAGAAAUCCAUCUGGACAGUUUCUGUGUUAUUGCUUCAGGCAUAGAGAACAAUGCUAAUGGAAGUCGAUUAAAAGAUAUGAUAAUAGAGCAGGGUAUUGUCUUGUCUUGUGUAGAUUAUAUUCUAGAACAUGCUCCACCAAUCAAAACUCUCCUGGCAACUGAUUCUGAUAUAUGGAAGGAUAUUUUAUCUAAACCUGCUUUAGCUCAUGUUUUAAAGGUUCUAACAGGUCUGUCACCUGGUCAUAAACCUACACAGAGUUUGAUAGCCCAAAAAUGUAUCCCAGUUCUUCACAAGAUGGAACAAGUCUCAUCUGAUAAACAUAUUGGAACUUUGGCUGAAAAUUUACUGGAUGCAUUGAAAGAAAAUGAAGAAGCUUCUAAGAAGAUUGAAGAUGUGCGUAAACAAACAAAAGCAGAGAAGAAAAAACUGGCCAUGGCAGUGAGAAAGAAACAGCUGGGAGCCUUGGGCAUGACUACCAAUGAAAAAGGUCAAGUUACAGUGAAGAGCAGUGUAUUAAAACAAAUGGAAGAUUUAAAAGAAGAAACUGGACUGACAUGUUGUAUUUGUAGAGAGGGCUAUAGGUACCAGGCUCAAAAGGUUUUAGCAGUAUAUACCUACACCAAACGAUGUAACCUUGAUGAUUAUGAGAAUAAAGCAAGAAAAACUGUUGGCUACAGUACUGUAUCACACUUCAAUGUUAUACAUGUAGACUGUCAUAAUGCUGCCGUCAGACAUGCCCGAGGAAGAGAGGAAUGGGAGAGUGCUGCUUUACAGAAUGCUAAUACUAAAUGUAAUGGAUUAUUACCUAUGUGGGGACCACAAGUACAAGAGUCAGUUUUUGCCAGCUGUUUGGCCAGACAUAACAACUAUCUUCAAGAAUGUACUGGCGUUCGAGACCCCAGCUAUCCGUUCACUGUGCAUGAUUUAAAGCUACUGUUACUCAGAUUUGCCAAUGAGAAGUUAUUCAGUGAGGACAGUGGUGGUGGAGGAAGACAGAGCAAUCUACAUCUCAUGCCCUACAUGUUACAUAUGGCUCUUUAUGUUAUCAAUAGUACUCGGUUGACCGGUAGAGAAGAAAAGAAUAUCAACAAUUACUUGGAGCUUACCAAAGAUAAAUGGAUUGAAAAUUGCUGGGAGACUGAAGGUCCACUAUACUACCCGGUAAUGUCAAUGUUGGUUCAUUCAGCUGAUAAAUGGCUGACAACUAGAACAAAGUUUUUAGAGAGGCUGAUCAUCGCUGCUCAUGUCAGAAAUGCUGCAUCAGUGGGAGCCAAAACAUUGCCAGAAGGAAGUAAGACAUUGAAAGAUUAUUCCAUCUAUAAACCAGUUUUGAUCUUCUUUGGUUUGAUUAACAGUUUCUUCCUCAAAUUAUUUAAGAAAGUAACAGUUGGUGGUGAUGGUACAUGGAGUAACAGUCUAGCUGAUUAUAUUAGAUUUAAUGAUAAGAUAGUCCUAGAAACUUGUGAUAGAAUUCUAGCUAUAUAUCAAGAAGAAAUAUUACCUUGUGAAUCUAUCGCUGAAUUCUUUGAUGUCAUGGGUUUAUUAGAAGAUGUACCCAAUCCAGAAGAACAUUUUACAACUUUGUUGGCUUCUCUACCUUAAUCUUUAUCUCGCCAAUUGGCUUGCUUAAUGUUAAAUGAAUACUGUGUAAUAUGCUGCCUUGGAUUUUGUGAUUGUAUUUUGUAUGCUUAUUAAUAUUCCCAAAUCUGAUUCAAUGUUUUGCAUUUCACAGCUCCAAAUUUCAUGAAUAUUUUGGUUUUUAAAGGGAUUUUUUUUCUCAAUUUGUGACUUUAUUAUCAUUUAACAUAUGGAAUUUUUCCCAAAUUUAACAAAUUUAUCUUGUAACUGCAUUUGGAAUUUGAUGAUAUAUGUUUUUGUAGGAUGUUUUUUUUUUUGGCAGUUAAUUCUAAAUCAACAAUACUAGUAUUAAAAAUUAUUCGUCCAAUUAAUUAUAAAUUGGACAAAUUAUUGGACAUGCUUGGUGAAAGGGAUUCAAUGUCACCAACACUCAAAAUCAAGUGGAUUUCUCAUAAUUAUGUUUUCUAAAAUUGUUGCCAUUUUAAAACAAAUAUUGAUUAUUUAAAGGUACCAAUCCUCCAAAUAUUAUUUUAACACGGAACAUUUUGAUUCAACAAAGUUCUAAGACUAGCAGAAAUUAAGCUCUAUCAGCUGGUAAAACAAAUAUUUACAUGCUUUUAUCUUUCAAGAUCAACUUCAAAAGAAAAUUGUAUUUUAAACAAUGAGUUUUGAUUCUGAAAAAUGUCAAAGGCAAGCUUAAAUUGAGCUCUAUCCCUUAUCCCUUUCAACUUAGAAAGAAAAUUAUCAAAGUCUCCUCCAUUUCCAAAUUGUAUUCUGUUAUCAGCUGAUGUUUUUUGUGAAAAAGUUGUAUUGUAAGCUUCAAUAAAUGCUUAAAGUG